GGGCGGCUUGUCCAUCAUGAACGUCACCUCGCUCUUCUCCUUCACCAGCCCGGCGGUCAAACGGCUGCUGGGCUGGAAGCAGGGAGACGAAGAAGAGAAGUGGGCGGAAAAGGCCGUGGAUGCUCUGGUUAAGAAACUGAAAAAGAAGAAAGGAGCCAUGGAGGAGCUGGAGAGGGCUCUCAGCUGCCCCGGUCAGCCCAGUAACUGUGUGACAAUCCCCCGCUCACUGGACGGACGGCUGCAGGUGUCCCACAGGAAAGGUCUGCCGCAUGUUAUUUAUUGUCGGGUGUGGCGCUGGCCCGACCUGCAGUCCCACCAUGAGCUGAAGGCCCUGGAGUGCUGCGAGUUCCCGUUCGGCUCCAAACAGAAGGAUGUGUGUAUCAACCCCUACCACUACAAACGUGUGGACAGUCCAGUGCUGCCCCCUGUGUUGGUACCAAGGAACAGCGAGUUCAAUGCCAAGCAUACAAUGUUGCCUCGCUUCCGCAAUCCUCUACAACAGAACGAGCCACACAUGCCCCAGAAUGCCACCUUCCCCGAAUCCUUUCCUCAGGCCAACACAAUGCCUUUCCCUAAUUCGCCAGGAAACAGCUACCCGAAUUCGCCAGGAAGCGGCAGCAACGUCACCUUCCCUCAUUCACCAUCCAGCUCCGAGCCCAGCAGUCCAUUCCAGAUGCCAGAGACGCCCCCUCCUGCCUACAUGCCCCCAGAGGAGCAGAUGACUCAAGAUUGCCCCCAACCAAUGGACACCAACCUCAUGGCACCAACCUUGCCCCUAGAGAGUAACAACCGAGCAGAUGUGCAGCCCGUGGCCUAUGAGGAACCCAAGCACUGGUGCUCUAUUGUUUACUAUGAGCUCAACAAUCGUGUUGGAGAAGCGUUCCAGGCUUCCUCCACCAGUGUGCUCGUUGAUGGCUUCACAGAUCCCUCCAAUAACCGCAACCGAUUCUGCCUCGGCCUGCUCUCAAACGUCAACCGCAACUCCACCAUUGAGAACACCCGGCGGCACAUCGGCAAAGGUGUCCAUUUGUAUUACGUUGGUGGUGAGGUGUAUGCAGAAUGUCUGAGUGACAGCAGUAUCUUCGUCCAGAGUCGUAACUGUAACUACCACCACGGCUUCCAUCCCACAACUGUGUGUAAGAUUCCCAGCGGCUGCAGCCUGAAGAUUUUCAACAACCAGGAGUUCGCUGAACUGCUGGCCCAGUCUGUUAACCAUGGCUUUGAGGCUGUUUAUGAGCUCACCAAGAUGUGUACCAUCCGUAUGAGCUUUGUUAAGGGCUGGGGCGCAGAGUACCACCGCCAGGAUGUGACCAGCACACCCUGCUGGAUUGAGAUUCACCUGCAUGGUCCCCUGCAGUGGUUGGAUAAGGUGCUAACCCAGAUGGGUUCCCCCCACAACCCUAUAUCCUCUGUGUCCUAGGCUUCACUGUCCUCAGCCCUGUGGCUGUCCAUACCCCAGCAUUUUGGUCUAAGUAGCAAGAAUAGGGGCUAGUUGGUCCCAGACUGGUUUGUGUUUUAGCCAAUCUGCUUUUUUUUCUUGUACCUGAUGAGGUUUUGACUGAAACACAAACUGAUCUCGGACCUGUAAGGCUGGGCGGGUUGUUAAACGGAUUGACAUGUUCUCUACUUGAAGGACGUCUGAAUUGGGCACAUUUACAGACUGGGAGAGGAGUAAGCAAAGUGAGCGUGAUGCAACUGGAAGAUACUUGAUCUUUGUGACCAACUGUAAUAAUUAGACCAUCACACUCAUCAUAACAGAAGUAUCCUCCCUGAUCUUGCUCCCACAACUUCUCUUUUUCAUUGUUCUAUUAUUCUGACUCAUGGUGACUAGUUUGCAUCUAAAUAUUCCCUCAGAAAUCCAGAUAUACAUGUGUAGUUACAAUAAUUAUGGGACAUUCCAGGUCACCAAAAUUGCAGUCGGCCUCUCUUUACUGUCUGACUGCAAUGAAGUUGGCAUGAAAUGUACUUAUGACAUGUACAAAAUUAGCAGGGACGUGAGGAUGACCAGUAUGACUGAAAAUGUAAUCAUCCCCAGAUACUUAUAUAAGUAUGCUGUUUCCUCAAAGUGUUCUUUUUUUUAAGGUAGAGCUAAAUGAAUUAAAGCAGUGCAAAGUUACUAUGACAUCAAAAUGAAAUCCCAUAUUUACAGAUCAUGAGAAAAUAAUACGAGGGAAAAAAUUAGGGGGAGUUUGAGAGUUGAGGGUGGGGUUUAGUGUGGGGCAUGGCACUAAAAGGGCAUUUCAGACAAAAAAAGACUAAUGUUUAAAUGUCGCUCAUCUUGUUUUACACUCGUGUUUCAAAUGAAUUUUAAGAAAAAAAGACUAGUAUUUAGAUAUAUUCACUCCUAGAAUAUGUGCUGUGCAGUCUGGUUUUGCAAAGCAUAGUUUGGUUAGUGUAGUGCUACACAUUUAAGACUGGUAUCUGAACACCAAGCAGAGGCAAGUACAAGUGCAGCUUUAUUAGCCCCUUACUGUAUCCACUACAGCAAAAUCUAAUGUGUCAAGUACAGAGUCACACUGAGGACAUAAAUAUUUCAGUGACUGUGCUUCGUUCUCUUACUACAUUGACUGAGCAAAACUUGUUAAAUGACUGUUAUGGGAAAAUGUUGAGCAUUCAAAUUUUAAUUGUCGACUGAGAAAUCCGUUACUGAUGUCCCAAUAUGAUUUUUUUUUUUUUUUAAUGCAGAUUUUGCCAUUCAGUUCUUUUAUGCUUUGAGCAAUCUUACUUGCUAUUAAACUGUUAUACUCUUUACAUUCUUUUUGUAUUUUUGAACUUGUUUUCUGUUUUGUUUGUCUGCACUUUCACACAUUGCAUCUUUGUUUUGUUUUGUUUUGGGUUUUUUUCUCCUUUUUUUCCUGUUUUUGCUCAGUAAAACUCCCAGAAAAGCAGUUUUAUUCCAUGAAUAUCAAGUCUCUACUGGAAGAUUCAAAUAAAUUUGUUUCAUUAC